GAAAUUCAACCGGUAAGGGUGACGGGUAAGCAUGUCUUUUCUCUGUUUGCUCAGCGGCGAUCUCGACACCACUCCUCGCGUCACUGCUCCUCCUCCUCCACCACCACCACCUCGAUGCCGCGAUGGCGGCGCGGCCGCUCGCUCCGGCGAACCCUCCUCGUGCCCGCCGUCUCCGCCGCCGCGCUCCUGCUUCUCCUCCUCCUCCUCCACGCCCACGGCCCUCAGCUCCCGUCGUCUUCGACCACCCGGCCCUCCCCCUCGUGGGGCGAGCUCGCCGCGAGGGGUUCGGAGGACGGGGAGGCGGCGGCGGACGGAGGAGGGGGCGCCUCCUCCUCCAGGGCCACGUGCGCGACGGUGGAGACGAUGGGGGAGGAGGCCGCGGGGCGGGGAGAGGCCGAGGCGGCCAGCCUCCGGGUCCGCGGCCUCAUCCGCCGCCACUUCCUGCUCCACGGGGCUGCAAGAGUUAGAGAGCUUCCUCCAUAUGAGUUCUGCAAGCAAGGAUUUGUGUUGGGGAAAUCCUCUGAAGCUGGGUUUGGUAAUGAGAUGUACAAGAUUUUGACAGCAGCAGCACUGAGUAUUAUGUUGAACCGGUCUCUCAUCAUUGGGCAAACCAGGGGGUUAUAUCCUUUUGGAGAGUACAUUUCUUACACCAAUCAUUCAUUCACUAUUGGAGAAGUAAAGCAUUUAUGGAGGAAACAUCAUUGCGGUAGAAAAUAUGGUAGAGAUCUGAACAUGAGGGUCGACAAUUUUGAACACCCAACAGAGACAAAUGUACUUUGUAGUGACUGGAAUAGCUGGAAAGAUCCAAUCAUCUGGUUUGAUGGAACUACAGAUGCAGUUGGGAUCCAAUUUUUUCUGAAGAAUGUUCAUCCUAGGAUGAAAACAGCUGCUUCAUUGCUCUUUGGAUCAGCGAGCUCAUUACAUGCGAGACCUAAUACAUUUGGUGAACUUAUGCAAGUUAUCAUAUCUCCUUCACAGACAGUUUUAAAGGCAGUUCAGUGGGUUUUAAAGGGCUCCAGUCCUGAUGUUGUAUUGCACAUGCGCAUGAUGACAAAUAGGCCAGUUCGAGCAAGAAAAGCUGCAGUUAAUUGUAUUAAGAGAGCUAUAGAGAUUUGUCACUUGAAGGGUACACCUCGGGUGGCAGUAAUUUCAGAUACACCAGGCUUUGCCAAGGAUAUAAAGCAAGACAUCAGCGAGUUUGCUGAGGUGAUUUAUUUUGAUCACAAAAAGUUCUCCAAGAAUUUUGAUCUAGAGACAACUGGAACUGAUAAGACUUUGGAUUCUCGUUCAAGAGACUGGGGUUCAGCUCCUAGGUGGGCAGCAUUUGUUGAUUUCUUUCUAGCUUCCCAAGCCAGAUAUGCAGUGGUCACUGGAGCACACCGCCGUGUGGGGACAACCUAUGCACAACUCAUCGCAGCAUUGGCUGCAGCUAAUAGAUUUGGUCAUGGUCAUCAGUCUCCAGGUGCAAACUUCACAUUCUUAAGCAGCGUCCACAGUAACUUACUGGUUGAGGGGCUCUCGUCACAGGUUGGCUGGGGCCAUAUCUGGAACAGAUAUGCUGGGCCCUUGAGCUGUCAACAUCAACAGCACCAAUGUGCCUUGACACCACUUCUUGCACCUGCUUGGUGGGAUGGGCAAUGGCAAAGCCCCAUUCCUAGAGAUGUGAGGAGAUUGCUGGAAUAUGGAGUUCAGCUAUCAAACACAGGGGAGGUAGAUGAGAGACGUCUCAUGUCAUAUUGCAGGUCAAGGAAAGAUCAUGUGAAAAGGUACCGUGUUCUUCCAUAGUACAGUAGUUCAAUGCAGUUAUAGAAGGUGAAUGAGAGUUUAAGACUUAUCAGGUCAUGCUCUUGCGGAGACUGCAGUUUUGCACUAGGCACUUACCCAGAAAGCUAGUAUAGGUUAGGAUGGUUAGGCCUUUUCACACCUGGCCAUGACACUAAUUUUUAGAGGUGCAUCUAAUGGUUCCAAUUUUGGUAGGCGUUGAGAACGUAUACCUGGAACUGUCAAUCUGUCAUAUAGGAAAGUUAUUUUAAAGAGGUGAGACUUUGUUUCAAGUCUUGUACAUCGUUGUUGUUGCUAUUAUGGUCUGACCAGAAUGCGAAAUCCUUUCUUCGAUGUUGUACUCAACUGGAAAAUUGCAAUACGCAAGUUUUGUAAUAUGCAAGUAGACAAGUAUUGUCUAGCACAAGUGUAGUAAACUGAGGUCUCUUGUAUUAUCCCUUUUUCACAUAUAGUUUAUGCAGAAGGGAUGCAUGUACUAGUAACUCUCUAGCUGAUGACCUGUGAAACUCAGCUGGGCAGUAUGAUCCCAAACUGUAGCACACAGCUUACCGUGUUUCUUUUCCCCUUAAGUUGAUAGAUGCAAUGAUGGCCCACAGUUUAGAACAACUUUCUUC